AUGCAAUAAGUAGUUACUUCCCGAUCUUGCUGAAUGCCUACAGUCGACAGCCUUGCAAGCCGAAGUUGACCCGAGACCGGGCCCAACUCCCCGGGGUUCCUCACCUUCGGGACUCGACAGUGUCCAUUCACAACUCAGUUCUUCACUCAGAAUGAGUCUUGUCUUCACUUGAAAGGAACGCCCCGAGCGCACAAUGAACUCCCACCAGUCAGCGUCACCGGAAAGUGAAUUCUGUCAGGUAAUGCCAUUGCCUGUGCCAGUGGCCACGGCCAAGGCUGAACAUCGGCCAACCGUAGGUAUCCAAGCUGAGGCCCGACAGGCCAGAGACGAUGGCUAGCUAUUCACUAUGAGAACCCAGCCUGCUGGAAGAAAGUACAUUCACUUGCAACUGCGUUUUGUGUUUCUUAACCCAUGCUAGAGAACAGUGAAGUGCAAGGAUUGAAGUUCUCUCUGCCUUCAGCUGGGGAGAAUGGAGGACACCACUGUCCCCCAGUCUCUUUUCACCGGUUAUUGUCACCCAGCUUGAACUGUGUUUCCAACAAAGAGCCCACAGAUGAAGACUGCCAACUGCCAACGAGCAGCCCUUCCUAGGUAAGGCAGGUCGGUCGGUAGGCAGGCAGUCAGCGAUAUCAUUCUGAACGUACAACUCCAGCUCAACUUUGGUGCAUGAGGCUUCCCUAGGCAGUCAGUGAUAGGUUUCUCCUUUCAGCCACUCCCAAGGAACCAGUAUAUCAUCACUUUGAACACAGGCCCUCCCCCUGGCUUGGGACUUGAUCAGACAAGCCACAACAAACGCAAAUCAUGAUUUCUAGCCGGUGACGGCGUUUCUUAGUGAAAACUAAACUCACUCAGCAGCAGCGACUGAACUGUUCAUUUGACUAAGCAGUGAAGGAGAACACAGGCAGAGAGGACCAACCGGCAAAACGCCAGUGAUCGAUCACCUGGCAGAAAACUAAACUGGUGGUUCACUCACAGGACAACUAUUACUUACCUUUUUACUCGCCUCACUUGAUAAUAGAGUUAAGGACAGAUACAGAGAGACAGCGGUUUCUUCUCUUCAUCUUUCUUACAACCCAACAACAACACCAGUCUCAAUCCUGCCCUUAGACUGCUAUCCUCGCAAGCGCAUCAUACCAACGAAGUUCUCUGAGCAGAAAGGAAUCCAAGGUCAAGGGAAGCUGAAGCCAGCCAUGGCAGAAGAAGCCGGCGCUGAACCCGAACCCGUCCAACCUUUUCUGACAGUACACACAAUGCACCCUAUCCAUCCGCUCAGAUCGUUCGAGGCCCCGACUGAACAUCUUCAUGCUGGGCAACAAUAUCAAUCGUACGAGCGGACUCGCUUCAUGGAAAAAGGAAAUGAAGUUGAACUUCCACAACAACAACGACGAGAGAAGCAGAAGCAGCAAGAACAACAGCCGAAGAUGCAGGAAGACAUACUGAUGGCUGACCGGGCUGUCCAAGUUGCCGGACGGGCGCAACCGAUGCAACAUGCUGAUAUUGUCUCCCAAAAAUCUUCUUAUGCGCUCAACAGUCUCAUGGUUCUGGCUGAUGCUGCGGUCGAGCGAUUGCGCCAAGAACAAGCAGCGGAGGCCGAGGAGCGAGCUUCCACUAUCAUAGAUGGGGACGCCAUGGACACAAGUGUCGACGAACGACAAUCAGUCAUGUUUCAACAGCAGGGUCAGCAGCGACAACAACAACAACACAUCCAGAAAUGGCAGCAAGAUCAGCAGCAACAAUACCAAUACCAACAACAGGAGCAGCAACGGCAAUAUCAGCCGUACCAGCGACAGCACCAGGAUCAACAGCAACAAUAUCAAUAUCAACAACAGGAACACCAACGACAAUAUCAGCAGCAGGGUCAGGAGCAACACCAACAAUAUUAUCACCAGGAGCAGCAGCGUCAACACGAGCAACAGCAUCAGGGCCAGCAACAACAAUAUGAGCAAGAACAUCAGGGUCAGCAGCAACAAUAUCAACAGGAGCAUCAACGACUUCAGCAACAGCCAGAGCUGCAGCUCCAACAACACCAAUCCCAAUCCCAAAACCAACCAGUCUACCUCAACGCUCCGAUCAUGUCAGUCAUGCCUCCAGUGGUAUGGAUCAUGAAAGCAGACCAUCGAACACGCCUCAAAUUCAUUGUUGACGUCGUCAACAUCAACAAUGAACCGUACAUCCAGCUCGACAAGCACCACUUACUUAGAGCCACGUACGCGGAGUGGUUACUCAACGGAAGCAACGAGACGGUGCGCCAAGAACGAUAUCGAGAUUGGACGAGUGUUCGCCACCAAGGGCGGCCAUCGAUUCUGUAUGAAUUGUAUCCCAUCGGACAGUACGCAUACACGCCGGCCAACGGACGUCGCAAGAAGUCGCCACAGGAGUACCGUCCGUUCCUGGACCCGUACGGCAGAGUAUACCUGACGGGCGAAAACAAAGUUCUUAAGGAUUCGCCGGUCAUUCCGCUCCAAAUCAGUACCGAGAUCGAAGGCUGGGAAAUGGAAGCCAUUUGUCGGCUAGACCCGGACAUUUGUCACCAGGACUUUGUGGACCGGAUGGUUUUCGAUCAUGGCCCGACUGUGACUGCAGGAACGAGUGGUGGUAAGACCGUAAAUGCAAAAUCCAGACCAGGUAAAGGCACACUCAACCAUCGUCGACGUCGUGACCGGAUGAAGAUGAGGGUCUUGCCCUGGCCAUUGCCCGGCCAGCUGAGUUACUCGGAUGCUCAGGUCGUUAAGCAACUGGAUGACUGGGGCAAAGCCAACAACUCGACCGCCCGAAUGGAGGAUUUGACAAAGGAGGAAAUCGACAUUCAGUGUGCCAUUCUCUAUGGAGGACAUCUGGAGCGGUCCGGGUCCAAGGCCCAGGACGAUCAGACUAGGUUGAAGACUUUCCAGACAAAUCUUGCCCUGGUGCGCACUGCGUACCCGGACGACUCGGAGGAAGUCAAAAUGGUCCAGGGUCGCAUUGAUGAGUUGCUUGCGAAGAUGCAAUCGGUGCAGAAACAAGGGGACUUGGGGAGCGAGAUACGUUAGUAGAUGUGAGCUGCAGAGCCAUGAGGUUUAUUAGCAGGGGCGAAGUAGGGCUCUGGCGUGCCCUCCACGAUGGAUAACAAGGAAUUUUGUUCCCUUUGGGUACCAUGGAGGAUGGGAUCGUGGCGUCGAAUAGCUUGACUUCGGUGCACCUGCCGUCAGGGGGUGAAGUAGCGGCUGCGCUACGCGAUGUUCGAAGGGAGAUUUUCACGUGUGCCCGUGACAGGCAGAUUACCGGUGGUUGUUUAGAGUAGAAAGACACUGUGAC